AUGGGCGCUCCUCUCGCCACUGUGGCGGCCUUCAACGCCGUCCUCUUCACCGUCAGGGGACAGAUGGAGGCCGUGCUGCGCUCCGAGCCAGGCGCGCCGCUCACCAUCGGCCAGCAGGUCGUUGCCGGCGCUGGCGCGGGAGUCGCCGUCUCGUUCCUGGCGUGCCCCACCGAGCUCAUCAAGUGCAGGUUGCAAGCCCAGAGCGUCUUGGCCACUGCUGCUCCUGCGGCCGCUGCCGCCGGCGCAGGAGGCGUCGCAGCGGCCACCAUGACCGCGGCAGUGAAAUACGGAGGCCCGAUCGAUGUGGCGAAGCAGGUGCUCAAAUCGGAAGGCGGCACGCGCGGGCUGUUCAAGGGCCUCUUCCCGACGCUGGCGCGCGAGGUCCCCGGCAACGCCGUCAUGUUCGGCGUGUACGAGGCGACCAAGCAGGUCCUCGCCGGCGGGCAGGACACGUCGCAGCUCGGCCGUGGGUCGCUGAUCUUGGCGGGCGGGCUCGCCGGCGCCUCCUUCUGGGGCUCCGUGUACCCGACCGACGUCGUCAAGAGCGUGACCCAGGUGGACGACAACAAGAACCCCAAGUACUCGGGCUCCAUGGACGCCUUCCGGAAGAUCCUCGCCGCCGACGGCGUGAAGGGCCUGUACAAGGGGUUCGGCCCCGCCAUGGCGCGCAGCGUGCCGGCCAACGGCGCGUCGGUGCCUGCUUCUUGGCGUACGAGUUGA